AAGAGUUGUACAUAGACUCUUAGUUGCAUGUUGACUGUGUAUGUAAUGAAACUCGAAUAAAUAUCUACAUAGCCUACAUUGUUUUGGUAGCCACCUGUACGCAAUAGUUUAAAGAACGCAUUACACAAUUAAGAAGAACAGAUUUCUGAUCUUCAACAAAGAAAUAGUGAUGUCUGUAUGUAGAUUUGUCGGUUUGUUUAGGUUGGGGAUUCCCUUGAAAUUGAUGUCCAGAUGGUCGUCCUACAAUGUGAUGAAUCCGGGUGGACAGGGAACAUCAUAUGGAGACGUUCAGAGAAGAAACAAAGCGUUUUGUGAUAACUCAAAAGACCAGAUACUGAAAAUAGUUGAAAAUCUGGUUACAAAACCUCAUCUAGAAAAUGAACCAUUUACUGUAGCAGAAUAUGGUGCCGCCGAUGGCUCGAUUUCAAUGGAACUAAUGACUGAUAUAAUUAGUGUUGUUCGGUCAAAGUGUGGCAUAAACAAAGAGAUCCAUGUAAUGUAUGAAGAUUUACCAGAGAAUGAUUUCAAUUCAUUAUAUAAAAGGAUUCAUGGUAUUAUACCCAAUCCCAGAUCAUAUCUUCUGGAUCAUGAAAAUGUUUAUGUGACAUCUACAGGAACCAAUUUUUACAAGCAGUGUUUUCCUUCCAAUUCUGUGGAUCUAGCAUUGUCUUUUUCAGCAACACAAUGGUUAUCGAAAACGGUAUAUCUAUAUGACCAUGUGUAUCCUUAUUUCACCCAACAUAAAGACGAAAAGGACACCGCAACGAAACAAGCAGCGGAUGACUGGGUACUCUUCCUGAAAAACAGAACCAAAGAAUUGAAACCAGGUGGUUGGGGUGUCUUCGCAACAUUAGGGGGAAGAGAUGCUACUCUGGAAGAACCCGUCUGUGUAGCUUUGCAGGAUGGACUUAUUGCUGCUGACAAGAUUUGGAAAAUUUUAUUUGAUCGUGGUAUUAUAACAAAGGCCGAGUUAAAACAAGGUACAUACGCUUUUUGCUUCAGAAGCCCAUGUGAGCUAGAAGAACCAAUCCGUAAUUCCAUAGAGUUACAGAAUAUGGGUCUGAAACUGCAUGAAAUUAGACUGGAUGCUCUUCCUUGUUUUUAUGUCACAGAAUGGAAGCAAAAGUUAGAACAAGGUAUCGAUGAUAGAGAAGGUUUAGCGCGAGGCAUGACACAAUAUAUAAAAACACCUACCUAUAAUUCUUUCUAUAAUGCCCUGAGUAUUGAGCGAAGCGAGGAACAAAAAUCUCAGAUUUGUGAAUCAGUAUUUAAAAGAAUGGAGGAGUGGUUUUUAUCUAAACAUCCCGGGGACAUGAAUCCCUAUUGUUUUUACACAAACAAUCAUUCGGAGCUCAAGGGGAACAUACUUACAGCCUCAUCGGCUUAGAGGCUAGGGUGAACACAUCAUCCUAGCGCGAACCUUAUGCAGAACUAUCAAGAAGUAUGUGGCUCGUGCCACGUUUAUGCCGUCAGAAAGGAUAUUAAACUCAGACCGUGGAGAUUUUAAUAACUCGAAAAGUAACUAUCAUAGAUAUUGUAGUUUCGUGUAUGUAACCUUUGUAGUUUGCUGUAUUCAUUAGAUAAAUUUAGUAACAACAUAAACGGUGUUCCAGAGUCAAUUAAUUGAUGAUUGAGAUAAUUGAUCCAACAACGUGAAGUCCAAGCAGGUCCUAGACGACCACCUGUCCCCAUAGUGUCACAUUGCUCAUGAAUUAUUCAACUCCAAACUUUCUUUAUUUGAUUUGGUCCUAUUCGUUGUAUGUAAACGAAACCGUACAUAAUUAAAAGAAAGAUGUCUUAAUGAAAUUUAGAAUUAAUUCUUCUGUCCAUAACUCGUGUUUACAUGUCCACAAAAACAUUGUUUAUUAUUUAUUAAUGUUAUUAUUUUUAA